AUGCCAAUCUGCAUCGAAUGUCGGUACCCCGUUAAAUUCCUCUACACCGAGUAUUCCGGCGCGGACGAUAAAACCAGCGGCCACGGUGUACGUCUUACGGUGUGCAAGAACUGCGGACGGUUCUGCGAUAAAUACGUAGAACAUGAUUUCGUGGUCUUGUUCAUUGAUUUGGUUUUGAUUAAACCGCAGCCCUCUAUAAUCCGACUCGGCAUCCUCCUCCUCCUCUUCGACGUCUACCUCACCUGGGCGCGAAUAGAGAAAGAGACGUCUCCCGAAUCCCUCGCCCAUGACAAGAAUGGCAAUAAUAACUUCCUACGCCUUGCACAACAGCCUAUAGUAUUUCAAUAUGUGUUCUUCUUAAUCCUCUGCGCCCUCUCCACCCUCGCAUUCCACGUCUCAAUCCGCUCUUUAACCUCCUCGCCCAUAUCUCCCCUCGUCCUGUCAGGUCUUAUACCCCGCUACUCCCGACCAAAUUCAGUGAGCACGGCGCUUUUGGUUUCAUCCUCUACAAAACUGUUCCCCAUCUUGAUGGUGAUUUGGGAAUACGAUGUCCCUGCCGCAGCGCGAUCACUGGGAUGGGCUGUAGUUGCGAAUAAUGUGGAAGCGCUGAAGAUUCUUCUGGAUUGCGGGUAUGGAACCGCUGCCAUACUGGCUACGGUGGGUGCGAUCUCGAGAUGGUUGGUUGGGAGGGGAUGUCUUUGGGCAGUCGGAUUAGAAGGAGUGGAUACAGUUGGGGAUGCGGGUGUCGCGGCAGAUGGGAAGGCGCUCUGGGCACUGGUUGAGUUGGCAAAGGAAUGGGGAGGUAGAUUAGGUCUUGGGUAA